AUUAUUAGAUUGAAUUGCACAAAGAAGUAAUUAGUCAUUCAAGCAACACCAUGUGCAAACAACUCUCCAUAAUUCUCUUCAUCUCCUCCAUCAUCUUCGCCCCAAGUAAGUCACAGUUCGACUUUUUGAAAAACCUACAACCGCCCCAACCCCCAACCCUCCCCUCUAUGGACGUCUUCCUCUCGCAACUCUUCGACGUGACUUCCAACGAGAUCAGAAACCUGGCCAACAACUUCAACUUCCACGAUGUCUCCCAUAAGGACAUCACCUUCAUCCUGCACCUCCCCAAAAACAAGACCAUCGUCCUCGACCCCAAAAAACCCACAAUCGAGGCGACCAAGCCCACGAAGAUCAUCGUUCAUGGGUGGCAAGCUUCCGGUACUGAUGAGAAGAACAGCGAAUUGGCCGAAACGUACCACAACACUGGUGAUUACCACGUGAUCGCUGUGGAUUGGGCCGAACACGCAAAAAAGGUCUACGUCCAUGCAUCCAGCAGUACCAAGGACAUUGGGCACGUUAUUGGCGAUUUUAUACUUGAAAUAACGAAGAAAGACCCGAAAUUGUUGGAGAAUAUUCACUUGAUUGGCCACUCCCUUGGCGGUCACGUGGCCGGCUUUGCGGGCCAGCGAGUGGCUGCCAAGACUGGAAAAAAGGUGGGGAGGAUCACCGGAUUGGACGUGGCGGCGCCCAUGUUUGAAGUUCCGGUGAAAAGAAGCGCCGACUCGAUGCUGAGCAAAGAUGACGCCGAAUUUGUUGAUGUUAUACACACGAAUAUUGGGUUUUUGGGAGUUAGUGAUAAUAUAGGUUCUGCCGAUUUUUACGUGGAGAAUGGGGGGCCGAUUCAACCCGAUUGCUUUGAUCCAGUCAAUAUUUUUGAGUCUUUUGGUUGUAGCCAUUUUAAAUCAUUCGAGUACUACCUUGAGUCAAUUUCUGGGAAAAAAUACGAGGCGGUUUCGUGUCGCAACUCUAUAGAGUACCACAUUUUGGCUUGUAAUAAUAACCGCAAAGUGAUUAUGGGUGAAAAAGUGCCCAAAGACGCCUAUGGAGCGUUUUAUCUUGAAACUGGAUCUCCCCUACCAUACAGUAAACUUUUAGAUGGGCUUCCAAAAAUUCGGAUAAACACGCCCAUGUUACGUUUAAAAGUGAACUAAAAUAAUUCAAAUAAAAAUGAUUUUAUUGUACAAUGUCACAUAAAUAAAAUAUUUUACUCGUUUGA